GUUUCCUCAGUUGGAAUCUGGGCAGCUACGAGUCUCAUCAUCAGCAUUCCUUGCAGCCAGGCGCAGCGAGACACCUUUUCAAUCUACACGAGACAACGUCAAGGAGCAAGAAGCACAGGAGUGAUUCGAUCGGGUCGAGCAGCCAGAACUCUGAAUCAAGUGAUAGUCAAGAACUCGACUUGGAGCUCAGGUUGUCGCUGUGACAGAUCAAAGUAUUGUAUGUCUUGUUCAUCUUCUUUACAAAUCUGGAAGCUGUGGGGGGAAAGCAACAAGCUUUUUAUGCUACUUAUAAGGCAUCAAAACCAUUGAUUUGAUGGAGGGGGGAAACAAGAAAGAAUAUUAUUCUAGUUUUUUCUUGGUCUUGUUGGUGAAUUGUCAUUUGGCCCACAGAAAAUUGAAUGAGAAGAAAUCAUAUCAUAUCAUAUCAUGCACCCUUUAUAUAUAUGUGG